AUGGACUACUUUUGGAUGGGCAGGGAUUCGAAGAGUCGGCCGGAAGUGGAGCCUGAAGGCGAAUUGCCUUCGUUGCAGGUCAAAGACGAGUACACUGGCUACAUGUGGUGCAGCGUGGUUCCAGCCAAGGGCGCAGACAACUACGCGGUGAACUUCGUCAUCCAGUGCCUUGAGGAGUCAGGGUACAGGAGACUGGUGCUGAAGUCGGACAAUGAGAACUCAAUCAAGUUCCUCAAGGAGGCUGUGAAGAAAUGCAUCAAGACGGUUGAGAUCGUCUUGGAGGAGUCAAAGACAGGAGACUCGCAGGCAAACGGCGCUUGUGAAGUUGCCGUUAGAGAAACCAAAAGGCAGACCAAGGCUAUGAAGAGUUCCCUGGAAGAAAAGCUGGGGAUUCAGGUGAGAGAUCGGCAUCCGAUUCUUGCAUGGGUCGGUCGUCAUGCUGAUUUCAUGAUCUCCCGCUUCAGAGUGGGAACGGACGGACGAACGCCAUACGAGCGUUCUCGCGGCAGACGGUGGAAGCGACCAUCCGUCACUUUUGGUGAAAGAGUGUGGUUCAAGCCUCUGAAGAGCUAUCUGGAAGGGCCCUAUGACACGAUGCGGGAAGGCAUGUUCAUGGGGGCCCAUGGUCGCAAUGGCGACGCGCUGGUCAUGACCAAGGAUGGUGUGAUCAAGGGUGGCAGCGUGAAACGGAUGCCGGAGGAGAAGCGCUGGUCGACGGAAGAUUUCGAUCAGAUGUGCGGCACUCCGUGGAAAAUGAGGCCACAGAAGCCAGAAGACUUGGACGCACCAGUAGCGAUUGCAAUGCCUGCGGUUGAGCCUGGUGUACGACUGAUGCCAGUCCCAGCGGAUCGAGAUUCGCUGCCAAGGAACCUCUAUGUCAAGAAAGCCGACGUGGAGGGAAACUACACAGCUGGAUGCGAAGGUUGCAAUGCGAUUCAAGUCGGACUGCCAGCAAGAGCUCACAGUAGUGAGUGUCGAACCUUGGUGCAACAGAGACUUCUUCGGACUGAGGAAGGACGGGCUCGAGUCUUGAAGGCUCAGAAAAGGAAAGGCGAGGCGUCAGCGGACGCGGAUGAGCCGAAUGAGUUGGUCCUGCGGGAUGGCCCAGAUGAUGCUGUCGAGAUGGCGGCAGAUGCAGCCAUUGGACAACCCGAGGGUCGAGUCGGACCUUUGGUCCGACCGGACCCGGUGAGACGUCCUUUGGAGGAGGAAGGGUCUUCCCCAGGAGGGGCAGCCAAGAGGCAGAAGUCUCCGGAGAAGAGGGGACAAAAGAGAGAAGGUGAAGAGAGCCAUCGAGAAGCUCAGGUGGCUGAAAGAGAAGAGGCCCGUGGAUCUAAUGAUCCAGCACCUCCAGUUCAAGGAAGUGAGGCACCGGCAGCUCAGAGUCAAGGAUCUGGGCAAUCUGACAUGGUUUCCGUUUUGGAAGCCAACAUGUUUCAUAAACUGGAGUCCAAGAAAGAGAUCUACGAGAUCAGCCAACUACUGUGCUCCAUGGGAAUCAGCAAAAGCGACGUGGCCGAGAUCUACAAUCCCGAGCGUUUCACUUCGAAGGCUAACCUUUUCGGUCUUCGACCUGGAUUUGCAGUUGAUUUGAUGGUUUCCAAGAACUCGAAAGGAGACCAUUGGGAUCUGUCAAAGGACACAGAUCAGCGAGAGUUGAGGAGGCUCCUGAAGAAGGAGAAACCGCUAUUCCUUGUCGGGUCACCUCCGUGUGGGCCAUUCAGCCCACUUCAGAAUCUCAGCAAGUACAAAAGAACGGAUGAAGAGAAUCAGCAGAUCUUAGAAGAAGGCGAACUCAGUACCUUGGCAGAGCUCACAUCGGGUCCCUCACCCGAUGAUACCUCAAAUGACCAAACCGAAAGCUUCGUGGACGAGACUGUCAGCGACUAUGUGGACUCAGUGACAGGCAUGCCACUGGAUCCAGCGAAAGUUUUGGAAGCCAGAAAGGAAGAGAUGAAGUGGGUGGAGAAGCAGCAGCUAUGGGAUGUUGUUCCCACCACUAUGUGCUGGGAGUAUCUCGAAGAAUGCUUAAAGAAGAAAUUUGAAUAUCGUGUGGACGGCCUGAUUGGUCCAGAACGAGGAGAUGGUACGUCAAUGUGCGUACUCAAUAGAGUGAUCAGCUAUGACAAGACGACUGGCGUGUUGGACUAUGAAGCAGAUCCACGCCAUGCUGAAUACAUUGUGAAAGCCCUAAACUUGGAAGGUUGCAAACCGGUUAGUACACCGGCGGAAAAGCAGAAAAUACAAGAUGUUAUCGCGGCUGAAGAGCAGCCCGAUUUGGAACCAGAACAAGUUUCACAAUACAGGUCUCUUACAAUGCGAGCUGCUUACCUGUCAAUGGAUCGUGCCGACCUGGCUGAAGCAACGAAAUCGCUUGCUCGGCACAUGCAACAUCCUACCGAAUAUGCUUGGGGGAAGCUCAAGCGCCUUGGACGUUAUCUGUCCGGUCACAUGCGAGUGGUAUUGAAGUUUCGACCCCAGAAGAUGUUCAACACCAUCCGAGACAAUUCCUAUUUCAGAGAUUUGUUGAAGAAGACGUGGACAAAGGCCACUGCCAAAAACGGCAAGAUUCAGUAUGUCAGUGGCAAGACCAUGUAUGCGGAAAAGUAUGCGGCAGACCAAAAUGCCUUCUUCGAAGACUACAAGGAGGCAUGGGCGAAAAUGCAGGAACUGGGCUGUGGACGUCUUAGAGAUAUUCU